UCAGUUAGAGCCGUAUGUAGACGGAGUUAGCAACACAGUCUUUGCCGACCGCUUCCAUACGUCCAAAAGUAAGCUCUACUGCUUUGAUUCCGCAACUGGUGGUCUUUUCUGUAUCGACUCAAAGACCAUAAAGAAGUCAAAGCGACGUUGUAUCUGAACAUAUUGAUUUUAAAAGGCGAGAGAAGCAGCAGUAGAGCUCGUCGUGUAGCUCAGCCAAACUCUCUCUGUCAGGGACUCUGGUGUGUUUCAGUGUCCGGAAGUUCUGAGGGGAAAAAAGUAAGAAAGGCAUGAAAAAAAGGAGCUGGAAGAAACUUCUGACCAAUUUUCUCCGAGCCCAUUGAAACACUGUUUUCUCUGUUAAAUCGCACCGAGGAGACGUGUCUUACUUUAGCUAGUUAUCUAACAAUUAGCUGUGUGCAUUAAUUUAUCGAUGGGUCUGCCGACGCUGGAGUUUAGUGAUUCUUUUCUGGACAGUCCGGAGUUCAGAGAGCGACUGCACUGCCAUGAGAUAGAGCUGGAGCGCACCAACAGGUUUAUAAAAGACCUCAUCAAAGAUGGAAACAUGCUCGUAUCUGCCCUCAGAAGUCUUUCUCUUGCUGUUCAAAGGUUCUCUCAGUCUCUGCAGGAGUUUCAGUUUGAAUGUAUUGGAGACGCUGAGACUGAUGAUGAGAUCAGUAUAGCUCAGUCCUUAAAGGAGUUCUCUCAGCUCUUGAGCACAGUUGAAGAGGAGAGAAAACGACUGAUCCAGAACGCAGAUGACGUGUUGAUCUCACCGCUCGAGAGGUUUCGUAAGGAGCAGAUUGGAGCUGUUAAGGAGGAAAAAAAGCAGUUUGACAAGGAGACAGAAAAGUACUACUCUGUUCUGGAGAAACACCUCAGCCUGUCCUCCAAAAAGAAGGAAUCACAGCUACACGAGGCUGAUUCACAGAUGAGUAAGGACAGGCAGGUUUUUUAUGAUGCAUCGCUGCAGUAUGUCUUUAAGAUCCAAGAAGUGCAAGAGAGAAAGAAGUUUGAAUUUGUUGAGCCGUUAUUAGCCUUCCUGCAGGGUUUGUUUACAUUCUACCAUGAGGGCUACGAGCUGGCCAGUGAGUUUGAACCCUACAAGCAGCAGCUUCAAUUCAACCUGCAGAAUGCUCGCAAUAACUUUGAAAGUACACGUGCCGAGGUUGAGAGGCUGAUGAAGAGGAUCCGGUCUGCGGAAGAAGACUUCAAAGCUCCGAGCUGCUUUACCAUGGAGGGAUAUCUGUAUAUACAGGAGAAACGUCCAUUGGGCAGUGUGUGGACCAGAUACUACUGUACUUAUGAAAAAGGCUCCCAGAUGUUUACCAUGAGCAACACAGAGGCCAGACCAGCCAGCAGACAGAACGGCGUGGUGAAUGGAACACCUGAGAUGUUCAAGCUGCGCUCGUGUGUCAGAAGGAAGACGGAUUCAAUCGACAAGCGCUUCUGCUUUGACAUCGAGGUGGUGGAGAGACAUGGCGUCAUCACCCUGCAAGCGCUCUCUGAGGCCAACCGGCGGCUAUGGAUGGAGGCAAUGGAUGGAAAAGAACCUAUAUACACUCUGCCUUCUUUGCUCAGUAAAAAGGAGGAGACAUUUCUCAAUGAGGCAGGCUUCAACUUUGUUAAGAAGUGUAUUGAGCUGGUUGAAACAAGAGGUCUUAGCACCCUGGGACUGUACAGGACUGGAGGAGUCAACUCCAAAGUGCAGCGGUUGAUGACGAGUGUGUUUGCAUCCACAGCUCCCUUUGACAUGCAGCUGGAUGCAGACACCUGGGACAACAAGACUAUAACCAGCGGCCUAAAGAAUUAUUUCAGGUGCCUGGCAGAACCAGUACUGACCUACAGACUGCAUAAAGAAUUCAUCAAGGCUGCAAAGUAUGAUGACCAGAAGUAUAGAGUGAGAGCGAUUCAUGCUCUUGUAUACAAACUACCGGAAAAAAACAGAGCCAUGUUGGACGUCUUGACCAACCACCUUCUCAAGGUGUCCUCUCACAGUGACCAGAACAUGAUGACUGUGUCCAACCUCGGAAUGAUCUUCGGCCCCACGUUAUUGAGGUCGCAGGAGGAGACGGUGGCUGCCAUGAUGAACAUCAAGUUUCAGAACAUCGUGGUGGAGAUUCUCAUUGAAAACCACCACAAGAUUUUUGGUGAGGCCCCAGACCUGUCGCUGCCGUUACCUCAAGCUCCGUCCUCUCGGUCGACUCCUCGGAGGAACAAGGCCAUCUGUCUGUCGUCUGGAAAGAGGAAGGCCCGCCUUUACCCUCCUGCUCUCUGCCUGGCAGACAACGACAGUGACACCUUCAGUAGCAGCCCCAGCACGACUCCGAUGGGCAGCCAGGAGUCUCUGUCCUCACACUCCUCUGAGAAGAACGGAUUGUCUCAGACCUCUCCUCCGUCCUCUCCUGCUGCUGAGCCCAGCCCAUCUUCCACAGCACUGGCAUCUGCUCCUGCGGCUUCCUCCUGCUCCCCGUCCCACAAUUCCUCAAGCAGGAACGAUCGGAAACACCCGACAGACAGCACUGCCUCCCCUCACCUUACGCCUUCCUCUUCCUGGACUUCCUCCCAGCUCACUCCGGCCCAGCAGACUUCCUCUGUGUCCUCCUCUAUGUCCUCUUUACUCUCCACAGAGAGGAGUCUGUCUGUCAAAGGAAACUCGACUGCCUCCUUAUCGUCUGUAAAAGAGUCAAGAUCUCCUUCCAUCGCCUCCAGGUCCACCGCCUCAAUCCAGCACUCUUCAGUGGAGCGCGCCUCCUCCCUCAGGCAGGGUCGACCUGUUCAGAGAUUGUCGUCUGUCUCCUCUCUGAAGAGCACUUACUCAGUUGAUCAAAGACAUGCAUCCAGCACCUCCUCCACUGUCACAGAAACCAGAGUGACGGACUCUACCUCUCCUUCUCAGCAGCAAAAAAAACCUUACAGGACUGCUUCAUCCUCCUCUUCCUCCUCCUCUUCAUUAUUCCCCUACCAGCUUUCCACAUCUUCCUCUCUCACUUCCCUACACAUCUCUGAGGAUUACAAAAGCUGUCAUGGAUCGGUACAGAGUCUCAUGUCACUGGACCCACAAGAGCCAAAACACAAACGUAAACCUUCACACAUCCGCUGUGGCUCCGAUCUGACCGUGAAACACUCUGUAGCCGCCACAUCCAGCAACGGUUACCAGAGGCCUGGAUCAUUAUUGUCAACUAGACUACCGCAGCGUGAGAGUUCAGUAUUCUCCUCAGCAUUAGACAUAUGUUCCUCAGGAAGGGAUGCAAAAGCUCUUUACUCCUGUGAGGCAGAGCACAGCCAUGAGCUCAGUUUUCCACAGGGGGCACUGUUCUCAAAUGUGUACCCGUCUGUGGAACCAGGUUGGCUUCAGGCGACGUACAACGGCAGAACAGGCCUCAUACCUGACAACUACAUCACAUACAUGUGACAGACCCGAUAAUGUCAUCCCCACAUCACCCAAUAACACAAAGAUCUAACUUAUACUUUAGGUAUAAGUUAGAUCUUCUAGUAUAGGUAAUACUCUGUGCUGCUAAGCAAAGAUAUAAUAUAUUCAUCAUGUAACUGUGACUGUUAUCAUUGAACUACUGGGGCUUGAUAUGACUGAUGCACGUACUGUAUGUACAGUAUAUCUGACUACUAUAUGUGAACCAUGUUAGUUGUUAUUAACCAGUUUAUAAUAUAGUAGAUGUUAAAAUCUGUUAUGUAUUGUCUGAUUUUUCCUCCAUUCAUACAUGACGGCGUCACUUAAUCGGCGUUAUCAGCUCGUCUUUUAUGUUAGGUUCAACGCUAAACAUAUGAAAUGUGUCUGUAAGUUACAUGGAAACAGUAUUUUUCAAUCAAUUUUCAUAAUUUAUGUGUAAAUUAUCAUAUUAAUGUUAUAAGAUUAAAUGUUCACACCUCUGUGCCUGCAACACAAUGAACUAGUGGAUUAAGACUGAAGCCUGCAAUAACACCUUCCUUCAUACUGUCUAAAUAAAAGACAAAUACUUGUAUUUGUAGAUUCA